CUACAGUUCCCAGGGGCACCUUGCGGCAAUCUGGUGUAUUCGCGGAGUCGGCUGCCAUUGUGUGACUGAGGAGGAGAAGAGUGAAGAUGCGCAGGGUUAGCAGUCGUGUUUGUGGUGAUGAGGAUGUUGAACCAGAGGAGCUGGAAACAGAAGGAGAGAGGCAGUUACAAAACCUCUUGAAGCACCAGUUGGACAAAACAGUGACACUUGAAGAAUGCAUAGCUAAGAAGAAAUGCUUUGCCCCGAGUGCUUUAUACAAGCCAUUUGGGGAGCAGGCAGCAGGAGUGUUGAGUCUGUCACAGUUUCAAACUCUGCAGGAUGGAGAAGGGGAGAUUGCUGCCCUGAGAGAACUUGGACUUACUGACAGGGAAAUACAACUCUGGAGAGACAGAGAAUCUCUGGUUAAGUUCUCAGGGCUUGGAGCAGAUCCAGCAGCAGUGCAACAAAGACUCCGUGCCAUUGAAGAGAAAAUUGAGGAGCGACAGCGACUUCUGUCAUUGCCACAGAGAUUCGCAGGAAGUAAACAGCUGAACAGGAGGGAGAUGGAGAUUGAAAAUGCCAUGUUCCAGGGAACUGACCGAUAUACCUUUUUGAAGGCUCUGUAUUACCAAGAUGAGAAGUCCGUAAAAGACCAGAAUGACCCUAUCAAUCAAUUAGAAAUGAUGUUACUAAAAUUUAAAAACGAUCCAGUUGGAAUGGGAGACACUCCAAAAACCAUAACGGGGCCUUCUAUGGAAAUACCUUCCACAGUUACAAGUGAAGGAGAUACCUUUAAGGAAAUGACUGGCCUAUUUAUUCAACCACAAAGUCAGGUCUGUGCUGCAGAUCUAUAUGAAAAUCAGAGCACCAAAGGGCUUUCUGUAAAUGUUGCAAUCCAAACCCUACCCAGCACUGGCACUCAUGGCCCUCAGAAAAUUACCCAGCAAGUGGAAGCUGUUCCCAAAGAAGAGAUCUGGAAGAACAAGCUUUCUCAGGAGGAAAUCCGAAUGAUUCCCAGGUUUUCAAAUUAUAAGCCUGGACAACCAAGCAGGGUUCUGUACUUGAAAAACCUGAAUCCAAAAGCCACGCUGGAGGAUCUAUUUUCCUUAUUUGUUUCUUUCCAACAAAAAGAUGGCCCUCAACUCCUUUUCCGGUUAUUGACAGGCCGAAUGAAGGGACAAGCAUUCAUCACCUUCCCAUGUGUGGAGAUGGCAAUGGAAGCACUGAACAUGGUGAAUGGCUACAAUCUGAAGGGCAAGCCAAUAAUCAUAGAGUAUGGACAGAAUCGGUCGGACCACUGAUUUGUGCUUGGAGAAUGUGGCAAUUAGGAGGAGUUCCAGCACAAUGAGAUUGCUAGUCACUGGGAUCACAGGCACAUUGGAGUAUUGGAAAGCGAUCAGCUAUCUGCAGUGGAUAGAUUUUCAACUCUUGAACCAAGAUUAAUUACUACAGUGUGUGGAAACAACCCUCAUCUGUACAUAACCCACACCCUCACUUGUUUCUGUUUAUUCUGAAAAAAAAAGCACCUUUGGGCUUCACACUGGAAAAUGCACCACAUGAUGUACUGAACUGUAUAGAAUAGAGUAGAAUGAGAGAAGUCCCAAGUUUAGUUCGUAGUGCUCAGCUUUUCUCAGUGAAGGUUACAUCUAGAGUGCUGCAGCUGAUUACACUGUCCCUUUGCUAGGGAUGAGAAAAGCUCUUGAGUUUCAGGUGCCUGAACCACUACAUAGUGCCUCUUGCAGUGAAGUGGUUUCAGUUAAGGCUCCCCAUUACUGAAAGAUUUGGUAACAUUGACUUUCUAGGCUCAAAAAUGAUGACUGGCUUUGAUGCAUGAUACCAGCUGCUGUUGACAUAACAGAACUCUUAAUAGUCACUGCUUCAGGACAGGAGUGGAAGAAAACUAGAGCAAUUUUUUGAAAGGAUAUGCCAUUAUUUUAACAAAUUUUAGCUCAUGUAAUAAUUAAACUACACAAACAGCUUAUUUAUUACCAUACUGCUUUAUAAUCACAUUUUCAUACACUUAACUAGCACAGAAAUGUUUUAACAAUGCUUUUUUAAAACUGCUCUAUCCUAACUUAAUACAAGACAAAAAUAGUUAUGCAAAUUUCAUCAGAGGAAAUAAAUUCUAAUAAGGAUUUUUAGUAAGAGGUUUGGAUACAUAUGAAGGAAUGACUAGUUAAGCGCUUAAAGAAGAGCAGACCCAGAAAGAAGAAACAGAGCAGUGCUUCUUGCCAUUUUUCACUUUUGCCAAACCUGGAAAGUGGUUCAAUCCAAGUUCAUUGUGGUGUGAAGUUAUCCAACAGAUCUAACUUCAUCCCUUGUUACGUCCCUAUCAUCCCAAGGAAUUUACCCUUUACUACAGACAUAAGAUGUGGGAAAACACAUCUUUGCCACAUCAAACCUGUAAAUUUGGGCAUAUUUUGUGGAUUAUAUGUGUGUUAAUUAAUGAGAUUUAGAAAAUAGAAUUCACAGCCAAAAAAGGUAAGCUUUCUUGAUUAAUUACAAUACAGCAGCGAUCAUACUUGUGAACACCAUUCUGACCCACUAUGGUGGUGAUUUUGAGUUUUGAUAUGGUUGAGGUUGUCAGGCAUUGAGACGGUAGUUUGAAGAGGCAUAAUAGUGCUCUGCCAUGAGAUCAAAACUCAGCUGACAGGCCUUUUUUUUUCCUGCUGUUAUAUACCCUCUCAUUUGUCAAUGUAGGCAGUGAUCCAAAGAGAUGAUAAACUGAUUUCCCACAUUCAGCUAGGGGGUGAACUUUGGUUGAAAGUAACCAAGGAAUGUGAAAAUAAAAUGUUUUUCAAGAAAUAAAGUUUAAAAUCUCCAUCCCUGAGAGUUGUAUUUAUAUUGGCCAUAGAUUAACCAGUCUUUAAAACUAAGUAGACAUUGUAGACAAUUGAGCAUUUAUGCCAUUAUGUUACUUGGGAUUAAAAUGUUUUUCCAAGUUUUAAAUUUGCUGUAGUUAUUUCAACUGGUGUUAUCUGUCACGAUUAAACAUUUAUGUGAUUGUUGAAAGAAAAUGGAUGAUAAAGUACAUGGAUGGAGCUUGUAUACUGGGUGUUUGGAUAGAAUCAUAUUAAAUUGGAAUUCUUAAAGGCUGAUGAAUUAAUCCCAUGAAAGUUUCCAGGAAUAUUGUCUUUUUAUUCAUUUACCUGUCAGAUAUUAGAUGAUGAAUAAAAGACAAUGAUGGACA